ACCUCCGUCUUGAAAGAGUUAGGGAAAAUACAUGAAGAGGCAGAAAAAUUGAUGGAAAGAAUUUGCUUUUCAGACUCUUCAAAACGUUUGCGACUUUCAACUUUUUUACUUCGGAAUUCAUGGUGCAGCAAAGUCACAAAGUCUCAAUAUGGUAACGCAAUGCAUUGCUCUGGUUCUCCAUUCAUUAACAGAAUGGGAAACAUUAAAGAUAUACACUACAUACAACUGUCUCGAAGCAAGGGAAUGUUAUCGUGCAUCAAAAGAUGAAUUCCUUAAAUGUCAACAUGUCAAUUGCUCUUACAUGGCUUAUAAUUCAAUAACUUGUAUGAAAGAAAUAUACAAAAAAAGUUACACAAAAUUAUAGUUUACUUAUCUAUACUCUAAACUCCACAUGAAUUUAAUGAAAAACAAGAGGGCAGCAGACGGCGCAGUUUUUGGUGAGGAGGUCUGUGAGCUGGGCGGGAAACCUGUUGACAUUCGAGGCUCGGCACGAAAGGAAGUGUGUAGCUGAAAGAGCUCCUGAGAUUUACAUCAACAUGGACGAAUUUCCAGACCCAGAAGAUGAAUUUGAGGCUUUGCAUGCCGAGGAGAUGGAAGUGCUGCGGGAACUGGAAGGGUUUGAUCCUGAGGAGGCAGCCAUUACAGCUGCAUCAAUUCCACCCACUCACAAACGCAGCCUUGACUUCACCAGUCCUGUGGUAGCCCCGGCUCCACCUACCAAUGGUGUCGGGAGGGAUAUGAACCACAUAGCUAAUGUGAGCAAGGAGUUAAGUCAAGUAACCACUGUUGGUGUGGGAGUGAGUCCAGUAACCAAUGUGGACAGCAGGGAAAGACAGGAAAAUGGUGCAAGCAGCAGGAAGCGAGGGAUAGAUGAAGAACUACUAGAGGAUCUGGAUCGCUGCUUGAAUGAAAACAGAAAGAGGCACAAACCAUUGCUGCCAGAAGUUGAUGUAGGCCUGAGGGAUCCAACAAUUGACCUGGUUGCUCACGAAGCUGACAUAGCCCUCAUUAACCGAAUUGUAGAGAUGCGGCAGGUUGAGGAAACUCCUGACAUCACCACCCAGAUCAACACUGUGGUUCCUGUCAGGAAAAAACACACCAACAUCCACCACCAUCUGCCAGAUGGAGCGUUCCAGGCCAUCACCACGGAGACAGGCCGUCGCUUCUACCUGAACUGCAUAGAAGAGGAUGAGUGGGACCGAAGUGUGGCUGCAGUGGCCACCAGUCAGCACACCACCUGUCUUCUCAGCACCUCAUACUCCACAUUGAAAGCUCAGGCACAACUUGAGCAAAUUCGCCGAGAUGCUCUGCAAGCAAGACGUCUUGAGAAGGAAGAAGACUCUGGCCUCGAAUCUGGGACAGAGGAUGAUGGCAGCAAUAGUGAGGUGCUUUGGGUGGAGAAGUUCAAACCAAAGCGAUACCUCCACCUUCUGAGUGAUGAGGCCACCAACCGCACUGUUCUGCACUGGAUUAAGUUGUGGGACAAAGUUGUGUUUGGCAAAGACAUGAGAUGCCUCAAGGACCAGAAACUUAAGAACAAGAAAGGUAAACCCAAUAAAUUCCAGAAGGGGCCUGAGGACAUUCAGGAAGUGGAUGAGCAUAAUAGACCAAUGCAAAAGGUGCUAUUGCUGAGUGGUCCACCUGGGCUGGGCAAGACAACCUUGGCACAUAUUGCUGCCAGCCAUGCUGGCUACAAUGUAGUGGAGAUGAAUGCCAGUGAUGACAAUUCGCUGGAAGUUUUCCGUACUCGCCUUGAGAAUGCCACCUCCAUGCAGGCUGUGAUUGGACCUGACCCUCGCCCCAACUGUCUGAUCAUUGAUGAAAUUGAUGGUGCUCCAGCGCCCUCCAUCAAUCUGCUGGUAAACAUGCUGAGUGGUAAGGACAUACGCAAAAAAGGUAAGAAACAAAAGGGCCCCAUCUUGCUGCAGCGACCUGUCAUCUGCAUCUGCAAUGAAUUGUACACUCCAGCACUGCGUCCUCUUCGUCAUAUGGCUCUAGUAGUGCGGUUCCCACCAACACACACAACAAGAUUAGCCCAGCGACUCUUUGAAAUAAGCCGAGAACAGCGCUUGAGGGCAGACCUAUCAGUGCUGAUGUCAUUGUGUGAUAAAACUGAAAAUGACAUCCGCUCCUGUCUAUCUGUCCUGCAAUUUGUCAAGAGUAACAAGAAAAACCUUUCCAUGAUAGACAUCAGCAGUGUUACUGUUGGCCAGAAGGACUACCAGCGCUCUCUCCUCAAAAUUUGGCAGGAGAUCUUCUCUAUCCCCAGACAGAAGAGGAUCAGACACAAUCCUUUGCAGGAGACGUCCGAGAGCCUGACACCCAUGCCAGACCUCAACAGUGAUGUGAAGAAAUUUGGAGAAGAGAACAGCUUAGCUUUCAGAUUUCAGCACAUCCUUAAAGUGGCACAGCAUGCACCCUAUGAGAAAGUGAUGCAGGGCUGGUUUGAGAACUACCUCAAUCUCAAGAAUUUCACCCUCAUGGAAUCUAUCACAUCUGGACUGGAGUGGACUCUGUUUGUUGAUCUUCAAAUGAGAGAGAUCAUGCACAGCCAAUCCUGGACAUUGAUGGCUUACUUACCCUUUGCCUGCGUCUCCCAUCACCUCCGGUUUGCCUCCCUCAGCUGGCCCAACAUCCAGUUUCCUACAUGCAUGCCAGAGAUGCAACAAAAGCUGACCAAGAACAAGAACUUGUUAUCAUCUGUAGUCAGUGAGAUGAACCCUUCCAACCGAGCCUUCACCGGCAACACCCAGCUUGUAUGUGACGUGCUACCCUUCCUUAUCAACAUCAUCCAACCUACCCUGCGUCCCGUAAGCACUCAGUUAUACAGUAAGGAGGAGCAACAAGGAUUAGCCAACCUUGUUGAUACCAUGAUUGGAUACAACCUAACCUAUAUACAAGAAAAGGAUGUUAAUGGACUGUAUAGUUUCAAGUUGGACCCAGACAUUGGAGAUAUUGUACUUUUUGGUGAUUCCAAGCCAGCAAACGAGUUGUCCUAUUAUUCCCGCCAGCUGAUUGCACGAGAAAUUGAGCUUGAGAAGGUGCGGCGAUCAGAGGCAUACUUCAUGGAACAGGUUACUGAUGGUAGUGCAAAGGUGGUCAAUACUGCAUCUGGAUCAAAGCAACCUGUCACUCAAAAUGUUACUCCCGUGCCAUCAGUAGAAGAACCCUCCACUGCCCAGGAUCCAUUUCUUCCAAACUACAAGCAAAAGUUACAGCCUGUGAUGAGUGGCAGCAAAGAGCUGGAAGAAGAAAAACCACAGGCCCCUAAGGAUUUCUUUGGAAGGACUGUGGCUCAGGCAACUAAGAAGGGGCUGAGUACUGGAGCAUCAAGCAAGACUGUGCAAUCAGAAAUUUGGUUCAAAUUUCACGAGGGCUACUGCAAUGCUGUGCGGAAGACUAUCAAGAUGAAAGACUUGGUCAUCAAAUGAUAUAUAUGUAAGCUUAGUCAUCAUUUUAAAACAAAUGUGUUGCUUUCAUGAGGAAAUUAUUGAAGUGUUAUAAGGUGAGAGGAAGUUGGCCCUGUAUGUAGCACCAGUGGCCGCCACUUGCUCAUGGUGAUGGCUUGAAAUUAGAUUUAAUCAUCACCUGAAGUAGAUUUACCAACAUUAAAAAGUUAAAAUGGACCAUGCAAAAGUCAAUAUUAUUCAAAAUUGUUACUCUUCCAGGCAUACAUUUUGCAUAAUGUUCUCAUCCAUAUACAAGAUCAAUAGUGUUUUUUAUAUAAAUUCUAACAUUUUUAUAGAAAUUAUAACAAAUCUUGAUUAUGAUAAUUUCA